GUUGGUAAACAACAAUUUCUCAAGUCAUCACUUAUUACUUAUCAUUACCCCAAAAGUUCAAUACCCAAAUCUUUUAUAAAGUAUUUUCACAAUGCAAGACGAACAGCCGGAUCCAGGGAUAAUCAGGGCCCAUGUACUCCAGCUGAUGCAACGAAAAGAUAGAAUUGAAAGAGAAAUUCAAGAAUUAACUGGAAUUUUAACACAAAACGGUGUUGGUAUGAAUGACCCACUAGUUGACCAAGAAGGAUUUCCCAUAAGCAAUAUAGAUACCUACCAAGUAAGACAUGCACGUCACAGAAUAAUUUGUCUUCAAAACGACCACAAGGCCUUAAUGAAGCAAAUUGAAGAUGGUUUGCAAGGCUACUAUUCAGCUUCUUCAUCAGAAUCUAGCAUGGAUACACAACCCAUCGGAUCAUGUCAAAGGCCUCAAAUGGUUAUUCACCAAACACCGUUUGCUCGAGUCACAUUGGUUAGUGAAGGUUCUCCAGCAGAUUAUGCCGGUAUUCAGGUUGGAGAUCUAAUAGUGGAAUUUGGAUCAAUUAAUUCGACUAAUUUUAAAGCUAUAACUGAUAUUGCAACGGUGGUACAGCAUUGCGAAGGGACCCAAGUUAAUUUAAAACUGAAAAGGCAUGAUCGUUUUGUUUCUGUUAAUUUGGUUCCUAAGAAAUGGCUUGGCUCGGGACUUUUAGGUUGUAGUAUUGUUACUCUCUAGUAAAAUUUAUUUAUUCAUCCUUAUUUAAUUACAAAACAAUAAAAAAUGCAAUUUAAGGAGGCAACAAUGAAUUUUUUUAGGAAAUAUAUGUAUUUAUCACAAAUUUGUUCUACUUGUUUAUUGAUCUUUUUAUUCCAGAUUGCCUUUGGAAAGAUCAGUUUUCAUUCUUUUCAAUAGAGAUGGUAUAUAACUCAUUUGUUUAUCUACACAUUUUGUUGCACAUUCUUCAAAUAUUUUGGUAAAUUUGUC